UACACUCAGUCAGUGAGGAAACACGGCCGAGUUUACACUGCCGAACGCGCGGUUUAAUUGAAGCUCCCGAUCAAAAACAAAGUUUACAAUUAAACGCACGGACAUUUAAAUUUUAAAAAUUUAUUUUUUGAAUAUUUUGUUCGCAUUAAUGUUAACGAAAAAAGACAAUUCGACGAAACCGGAAAGAAACAAAUGAAGAGAAAAAAGAAGAGUGUCAAUGAUAUAGUGCGGUAAAGUUUUUUUUUUGCUAAGGAACAACAAGUGCAGACCUAGUGAAUUAUCGAAAUUACUGUGUCAGCUAGAAAAAGUGUGCAUUAUUGUAAUUGCAGUUGAAUUUGAAAUUAAAAAAUAGGAGCGCAGCAAUUUUUUAGUCAUUAUUAUUACUGCAACUUCUAUAUAUUUUUUUUUCAAUUUAAUAUCGUGCGAGCCAUGCAAAAAUUUCAUUGGCCUUUCGCAGCAGUUGCAUUCCUUCGCGAAGGUGGGCCGCGUCCUCCUAGUCCUCUUCUUCGUGUCUAAGUGUCAAUCCGGAAGGUGUUGGUGUAUCCUCUUUGACAAGGAAUUACCAAUACAAAGCUUGUGUUAAGGACCUACCGAAGCUGGGAUAUACUUAUAAAUUUGCAUCUCGAUAUUCUUAUUGAUGUUGCAUUGCUUACCCUUAGUCAAAUAAAUUAAUCCAUUAUGAUGGCUGCACCUCAGUUAUCGGUGAUACCGAGUUGGUCAAAGCCCUUAGAAACGUUCAGGUCCGAGCUGUUCGUGAUACCAAAAGAGAGGGACUCGGUGCACGACACAGCCAGACUCCGGAGGAACCUGGAGGAGUCGCGCAAGGCUUUCCUCAACUUCCCCGAAGAAUCCACAACAUUCGUAAUCAGUGCGCCAAUCGUAGAAAGAAAACCGCCGACGAAGAAGAUAAGCUUCAAGAUCAAGAAGACCGCCUCGAUUUAUCGCCGCAAAGAGAAGACUGCGCAGACCAAAGUGCAGGAGCUGGCGAAGAGGUACAAUUCCUUGGUGGAGAGCAGCGAGCCGAGAAUGAACACUCGGGGUAUUGUGGUGCAGAGGGUGAACAGCCUGAAGAAGGAAAGCGCUGCAAGCAAGGUGUCGCGAAAACCGAGCGUGAAGAUCAAACCGGACGACUGUACUAUAAACAGAAAAUGCAGUGUUAAAAAGACUAUAAACUUGGACGUGGGUGAUAAUGGUAAAGGUUGCGUGCGCGCCAAGAUCAGCUACUUGGAAGGACCGAAGUUGCCAGAGAAGAACAGUGAUAACAGUGAGAACAAUGUGAAAGCAACGAUCGCGAUUUUCGAGCAGAAAUCAGCGGUGCCGAAGCCGAAAGUGCCGGAGAAGACGUUCGACGUGAAGAAUCUGGUCAUCAAGAAUCAGGAGAAGAGAAUGAAAAUCAUCGAGCAACGCUCGAAAACGCAGAAGACUGAAGAGGCAGAUUUUAUAGUGCAGGUGGUGAACAUUCCACUGAUUCCGCCAAAGAAAUGCGACUCGCGUUACGAGACGAUGCAACUGAAAAAAGUCAAGGAAUUGAGUGCAGUUUUCAAAGAGGAAGAUGUUAAGGUGCAUCAGGAGGACGCGGAGGAGCAUCUGGAGAAAGAAGAAGAAAUAUCCAACGAUUAUGAUAUUGUAGAACCUCCGAAGCAGAUGACGCCGCCGCCGCUUCCGCCGAAACCAUGCCGCGAAGCUGCGAAACCGGUCCGCGAAGCUCCGAAACCGCCGAUACCAGCGAAAUCAAAGCCCCAGGAUAUUUACGAGGAGCUGAGGCCUUACUCCGGCGAAGACGAUGACGGUUACGAAAUUUGCUCACCGGAGGAGAACAUCUACGAGACUCUUCCAGCGCCGAAGAUACCGACUCGAUGUCAGGAACCUCUACCACCUCGACCGCCUUCUAGGAAUUCCUACUACUCUCGCCAUUCGAAUAUAUACGAGUCCAUCUAUAGCAAGAAAGACGAUGAUGUCGAGAGUAAUUACGAGUCCAUUUACAUUAGGGACAGGAGUUCCAUAGUGAGCGAUCAACAGAGCAACAGCAUCUACGGCCAAUCGAUCACGAGCUGGGCUGAAGAUGUGCUAAAUACCUACAUCGAUACGAAGCCUGGAAGCGAACUUAGCGGAAGCAGCGACAAGAGCGAUGACUGGGUCGAUCUUUCCGACCACGAGAACAAUUACGACAACAGCACCGGUUUCGUCGUUUUGCGUGGGAGACACCAAAAAGUCUCGAAGAAAAUAUCAGGAUGGUCGCAACAGUUACGUCAUCAAUGGAAAAAAGCCCCGAGGAAUCAAAACUACGACAACGGUGAUAGCGAUUCGGACCAUCACUACGAGACACUGUACGUCGGCCAAAUUGAAUCGAAUAAGGUGCAACCAAUCAACGACGAUGAUUUUGAUUCGUUCGACAGCGAUAGCGAAUCGGAUCAUUCAUUCGCAAAGACCGACAGUGGAGUCGAUAUGGGAAACACCCAGCUUCCGGAACCGCCCAGCAAUCAAAUAUACGUGUUUACAAGGCUCGCCGUCUCCGCAGGAAAACACAUGAAGAGGCUGCGACGGAACUGGUCCCUCACCAAAAAUGAUAUAACCAAAUCUUUGAGUAGAAUGACAAAGAGGAAAUCGCGCACGGACCUCGAUGCCAUUGAUAAGGUAAAAGAACGAGAGCAAGAGAUGAACACUUAUCAGGACGUCAAGCCGUAUUCGAACGUCGGAUUCUCACAGAGCCAGGAGCAACUGGAGCGGACUAAGAGUUUAGGACGCAAGGGUUUCCUGAACAAAUUCAGACGCAGCAUGUCCAUAAGUGGAGAGAACGCGGAGAACACGUUGAACGAAGACGGCAGCAAACCUAAGAGCACGUUCUACCUGACUGAUACCAUAGACUUGGACCGGAAGGAAGUGCCGGAAGUGCCGCCCCCCGUUCCGCCAAACAACACGACUGUAAAACCGAAAACUAGUCCCGUCCGACCGCAAAUCCCACCACCACCAGCUCCAACGAAAUCACCAAAUAUCGAGAUGAGAAAUAAAGAUACCAAGCGUUCGAGCUCUUGGUACGCGGAGUGCGGCCUCUUCAAGAACUCGCAGCAGGGUCUCCAAUUACCGAAAAGACCCAACACCUUCUGGUAUGCGGAGGUCGGCCUCUAUCAGUCAAGCACCGCCAGCAGCCCAAGCACCAGCUCCGGCGAGAACAAGAACGACGACGAAUAUUACAAUCUGAGGAACGAAAACGACUACUACAACAGCAGUAUUACCAGUUUCGAGAGUUCGGACACGAAGAAGGAUGAGGCCUUCAAUAGCCUCUCCGGUGAACUUCAGCUUAGGUUGCAGGAUGAGCCGCUUUACCAAUUCUACGAUGCGGCCGUCAUGGAGUCCGUAUGUCAAGAUGGAUCAUCCGAUUCAGAUUAUGAAGAGGUGGGCGGUAAGAAGCAUUUGGAAAUCAGGUUGCGGCCCACUGCUAUGGAGCUGAUCGCGCCACCGAACAGCAAUGUUUCUGUGGCGAGGACGCUUUGGUGCGAAAUACCUGAGGUCGUCCAGUCGGCCGUUCUGAGCACGCUGAGCGUGGCUCAGAAGAAAUUACAGGAAGCAAAGUUCGAGAUGCUUACGUCGGAAGCUUCAUACCUGAAUUCGCUGAACGUCCUCUCCGAGCACUUUGUGCGGAGAUUGAGCAGCUGCGAGUUCUUGACAUACGAGGAGAAGACCAUCCUCUUCAGUAAAGUGGUGCCGGUGAAGGAGUGCUCGGAAAAGUUGCUGGGAGAUUUAGAAACUUGCUGGCAGGAUAACAUUCUGCUGCACGGCGUGUGCGACAUCAUUAAGAAACACGCGGAAGAGAACUUCGAAGUCUACGUCGACUACUGCGCCAACCAAAUACUCUUGGACCAAAGCCUAAAGAAACUCAAGGAUCGCACGACUUUCACUGACUUCUUGAAACAACUAGAGUCGAGCUCAGCCUGUCAACUACUCACCUUACACUCAUUCCUGAUGUUACCAAUGCAAAGAAUCACGCGAUGGCCACUGCUAAUGGAUGCCGUCCUGAAGAGGCUCUCACCGCAGGACGAGGAGUACUUAUCCUGCCAACAUGCACUGGCCCUUCUGAACAAAAUUGUAUGUCAGUGCAAUGAAGGCGCUAGGAAAAUGGAGAGGAUGACGGAGAUGAAAAGGAUCGCCGAGCAAUUAGACUUCCCCAAAAGUAUAACUCCGCUCACGGUGGUUACAGGAUCAAGGUGGUUGGUGCGUUCAGGAUUGCUCAAUCAUAUGCAGAAUAGAGGUGAAGAUGUAAAGCUCACGUUCGGGAAGCGUUUCGUCAAAGUACCGCUAUACUUAUUCCUGUUCAACGACAUUCUAAUCGUCGCUAAAUUAAAGGGUGAGGAUAAUUACGUUGUCCAACACUACUGCUAUAGAAGUUACCUUGAGAUCAACGGCGAAACUUUGGCCUGUCUUCCAAUCAAAGAUGCUCAAGGAAGGCACUUGAUUUUCUUAACCAUCCUGGAAAAUCACGAAGGAAAAACCGUUGAACUGUUAUUGUCAUGCAGCAGUGAGACUGAUAAGGAGCGGUGGCUAGAAGCGCUGUCCCCACCGAAAUCCGAGAAUCCAGAUGAAACCUUGUAUGAAUGUUGGGAUUGUCCUCAGGUGACUGCUGUCCACAAUUACACAGCGAAUCAACCUGACGAAUUGGCCUUAUCUAGAGGCGAUAUCAUAAACGUUACCAGGAAGAUGGCAGAUGGUUGGUAUCACGGAGAGAGAAUACGAGACGGGGAGACAGGUUGGUUUCCUGCCAACUACACGGUUGAGGUUGCGAACCCGCACGUGAGGGCUCGAAACUUGAAACAGAGGUACCGUCUGCUGGCCUUCUCCGAAAACUAUCUUAAGUCUAAAUAAGAAAUAUCUGAGAUAGUUAUUUCUUGGUGCUUGUAAGCAGGGAACUCUGGAAAACGAAAAAGCGUACACUUUGCCGCAGCAAAGAGACCGUUUUUUUAUUAUAAAAA